UCCAGAUUAUUCUAUCCCAGAGUAAAAACAAACAAAACGAUCGAUGGAGUUGUGGUUUGUGUCUUUUUUUAUUUGCCUAUUCAUAAAACCAUGCUCAUGUCUUUCAUUCUUAAAAUUCAUUCACCUUGUUCAUUCACACUUCCUCAACUCCCUUUCUUCUCUUUUUAAACCUUUUUCAAGGCCUUCCCUCUUUACUGAGAGCACUUGUACCAUUUCUUCCUGCUGACAGCCUCAUUUUGUUUCCAGCGAACGUUGCAUUCUUAUUUUUUUUUAUUUCGAGCACAAGCACACAUUGUGAUUUGGCAGUCCUUAAUUCAAUAAUUAAGCAUAAAAAAAUGCCGUCAUUGCCAAAGUCGACCGGCGCAGUCGCAGUCGCAGCCCCAGCUCCAUUUCCAAUUUCAGUUCCAGUAACGGCUACUGUUAUGCCCAACAGGUGUUGCUCCAAUCUGCCAGAAGAAUGCCUUCUCUUAAUCUUUGAGAACCUGCGCACCCAUAGGUCAGCUCUUCAUGUCCUAAUUCGUGUCAAUCGUCAGUUUUUCCAUCUCGUUGUCCCUAUCCUCUACCGUUCCCCGUUCCGUCUACUGGAGUCCAAACAAGAAACUUGGCCUUGGUCUGAAAGGAUCCAGCGACAGGUCCUCUUAUUACAGCUUCUUCUCCGUUCAGCUCAGAUCAAGCAGAAACAAAUAAAUCGACAGGAAGAGAAAAAAUGGCAACGGAAGCGAGGGCAAGAACAGAGUGAGCAAGCAGGUGACAGGUAUAACAACAGCUGCGUAGCAGUAACGACUGGCAAAUCGGCAGUAUCCCCCAUAGUUGCAGCCCAAGGGACUGAGAACAAUAAAAUGUCCUUACGCUUAAACACCAAAAGAAGACAGCACUGGUGGGCUAAGAAAAAGCCCUCCAUCAGCUCUUCAACAAUAGAAACUGCUCUUUCAAACCCUUCAUCACCUUCAUCUCUAUUAUUCCCUUCAUUAUCGCUUUCAAGGAAAGGAGGCAAUAUCAAAGGUAUCACCAUUCCUGGGAAGAUUCAGGGUAGAAAGUUUAUAUCAGAGAAAAAACAGUCCCUUUUUCAAGACGAUAACAGCAAUAGCACUAACACUAGCACUAGCGACAACAGCAACAGCCUUUCAACGGUACGUCCCACCACGAUCGAUGGGAAUAUUCCUAAUUAUUAUGGCCAACAACAAUGUCAACAACAGGUACUAUCACCAUUCUCGUCAUCCUCAAAUAAUAGCCACGACCAAAGUGUAGAUCUGGCCAAUUAUGGGCAUACGUCUGGAGGAUACUCCUGUGAAUCCUUCGGCUACAACGAAUGCAAUUCUAAUGACGUCUUUAUCGACAACAAUGAAGAUGACAUGUACCGUCCUUGCGAAGGCAACCCGACUUAUGCAUUCAUUGAUAGUGAUGAUUAUAACAGCUACCAAUAUAGGCCUCAUAGUAUCUCGAGAUAUUAUACAGAUACAGACACAGACGCAGACGAUGAUGAGACAUUAUAUAUGGAUGAGCUCCCCCAUUCUGGCCUUUUCUCUCAAGCAGGACUAUUUGAACCAACACCUCACCUUGGGCCCUUCAGUCCCAAAGACAAUAACGGCAUAUCAUCUUCUAGAAGCUGGACACAGGCGUUUCAAACGCGGUUCAGAAGCUUCAGUGGCAGCUCUUUCAAUGGGAUCAAUGAUCAGAGUCAGCCGUUAGUUCCACAAUCACAUCGCUUGUUGCAUAAUAAUGCUCGUCUGAUGGCCGAUUACUUGUCAUAUUAUGUUGAACAUGACCACCCAAGACUUGCACGAUUGCUACCUUCGCUAUUUCCCAGUGUUCCAGCAGAAAGCUUCGAUCAAUUAUUAACUUUUAGGGAUGCCCCUAACUUAACAUCUUCUUCAGCAGUAGCGGCAGCAGCAGCAGCAGGAGGGGGUACCGGGUCUCCAUUGUCGUCAUUAUCCGGGCAAAAAUCUGUGUAUAAUAUAUUUCAAUCCUUACAGCAGUCGCACAAGAGUGCUCGAAACCUGGAAAGAGCCUAUGCCGCGCGUACUCGGGUUGAAAGAGAUUUAUUUCAUCAUUCGCCCCAACUUGUCAGGACAUUGUCAUUGUCAGCAGCAAGGAUCCAAGCAAUCAUCCCCCCUCCACUUCCACCACAAUCGUGCCUGAUGGGCUCCAUGCCUUCCACUAGAUCCGCAUUGCGUACAUCUGCUUCCUCUUACUCCUUGGGUCAAUCUUUACUGUCACCGUUCAUAUCCCUCAUGUCUCUUUUGCCUUCAUCCUUCUUUUCUAGGUCACCAUUCUCUGUUCCCAUAUCCUCAUCAUCAUCAUCUUCAUGGCAUUCGUCUGCAUCUACCUUAACAGUGUCUUCAUUUCGAUCAUCACAUUCAGUGGCCACGUCCUAUUGCUCCUCUUUUCCUUAUUCUACAGACUCUUUGUCUCUGACCAAGGCGAACGUAGCAUCAUUACCAUCGUCCCUAUUAGUACCAUCGUCACCACCAUUGCCACAGCUCAGCCAACUAAGCAGCCUCUAUCGAAUUGAGUUGUAUGAUAUUUAUCAUGGAAUUGAUGUUGAAGUGGUUGUCCGAUUUUUAAGGUUACAUGAUCAGAUAUAUCAUACGAUUCGAGAGGUCAAAGUUGGUGGAGUAGAUGACGUAGGGAGAUCCUCAGACCCAGGCGUGAUCACGAUUUUGUAUUCUCUCAAGACAGUAAGAGUUUUGGAUAUGGUGGAGUGGCGAGAGGCGAUCAGAUAUAUGAACCAAAUUCCCACCAAGCAUCUCGAGUCCUUGUUACUAGGAAAUGUCCGGAUGGCCAACCAUGAAAGCGUAGAGCCGUCGAUGCAAGGCGUGACAGGUCUUUCAAGUAUGCCAAGUACAAACGCAGACACAAGUACAGUCAACGGAAACAUGGGUUCAUCUUCUCCCGAAGAUGGGACUGCAGACGGGAGCGAGAUAAUCGGGGAUGGGUCAGAAGAGGAUGAAGAAGGAGAAUAUGAAGAAAAAGAGCGAUCUCAUCCACAAAUUCAAGCCCUCCAGCGGUGUAGACGACUACGAGUCCUUCGGAUGCCGGUACUGGUCAACGGCCUGUUUGGAUGGGCAGUCAAGGAACGCCGUCAGUGGCAAUUGGACCUUGCCUCUAGGAAUAAGAUAGCAUUGAUACCAGUUAAUACACAUGGGGAAGAAAAUGGCCACCUAAGCAAGUUACGGUCAUUAGAACCUUAUUGGGGCAAUAAGAACGGGCACCGACGCCCUGUCCAACUCGAGAAUGUUCACCUGAGCGGUACAAGUACUGGGCCUCUGAUGUCCACUUUGAUUCAUGUGGUAGACGCAUUCCGAGACUCGUUGCAGGUCCUACAGAGCACUUCAUGGAUGGAUUCAACAGAGGCGCCAUUGUAUGCCUGUUGUUUAAGCCUCUCUUGGGCAUGGUGUCUUCCACAAUUGGAGGUUUUGGAUCUUCAGGGUGAGGUUGCCUAUCGGUUUCAGAUCCAGACAUUGCAAUAUUGCCCAAAGUUGCGGGUAUUGCGGUUAUCACUACCACACUCAGUAUUACCAUCACGACAACCAACGGGAAUGUCAUCAUCAGCCUAUAACAAUAAUAACAUCAGCCUUCAUCACCAUCUUUCCUCUUCUUCUCCAGAAAUGUGCCAGCGAUGUAUGAGUGGAGGCUCAAACUCAUUGGCAGAUCCAUCCAAACCUGAGAAGAGCACGACCCAAUUACCGCCUCUGUCAUUGGCAGAUUAUUUACGAGCUCCGUCUAAAGGCUACAGCCAAUAUCGAUACGCCUUUAGCGCCUUAAACGCAGCCAUGGCAGACAACUCCAUUAAUAGCAAUAAUAAUAGUGGUAGCAGUCAUGGCAGCAACAGCCAUAGCGAGAGCUACUAUCCAUACCAGGGCCAGAGAACAGGCUCAACCCUCUUUCCAAAUUUACAGGAACUCAGAUUGGCUGGGGAUUGGGGCCUCUGUGAUGAGUCGUUGUUACAGAUGGCGAAGAUGAUGCCACGUUUAUCCCGGCUGUCGUUAUUACGAUGUGAGACCGAGUGUUUGACAGCAUGCGGAUUAAUAAGAGCGCUGCUACGCUUUCGUGGGUAUAAGCCAAAGGAUUUACGCCAGUGGGAUGGUGAUGAUAGUCGAAUUGUGUUGUUGCAAUGGUUAGAAAUUUGCAAGACUUGGCACACACAAAUAGAGGCUGUUCUUGUUUCGUCUGCAGAGGGUGACAUAAUAGAUAGUGUUGCAGCAACCACAACGAUAGAGCUAAAGCCGUUAGAAAUCUCAUUUUUGAGGGACUCGGUAAAUCAUGAGAUAUGCCCCUUGGAAAUUGCAUACCAGUAAAUACCUAGCACCACAUCAUAGAUACAGCG